UAUUACAGGUCAGGCCUGUGUAAGCUGUGGUCAGUGCCAGAUUGUUCAGAGAUAAGAACACUUAGAGGUCACAACUGUAAUGUAGGUGCAAUAGUAUUCCAUCCUCGCGCUACUAUAGAUUUAGAAGACACAGCGUGUUGUAUGGCGUCUUGUAGCCAGGAUGGGGCUGUCAAACUCUGGAAUCUUGUGGGAGAUGAACCUGUGGCAGAUAUUGAGGGCCAUGCACCAUUCAGAGUAUCAAGGUUGGCGUAUCACCCAUCGGGCAGAUUUUUAGCCACAUGUUGUUUUGAUAACUCAUGGCGACUGUGGGAUCUUGAAGCUCAGGACGAGAUAUUACAUCAAGAAGGACACAGUAAACCAGUCUAUGAUAUCUGUUUUCAGUGUGAUGGAGCGUUAGCAGCAACCGGAGGUUUAGAUGCUUAUGGAAGAGUAUGGGACCUUAGAACUGGAAGAUGUAUAAUGUUUUUGGAGGGACAUCUCAAAUCUGUCCUUGCAGUUGAUUUUGCUCCAGAUGGGUACCAUCUUGCUACAGGAAGUGAGGACAAUACUACAAAAAUCUGGGACAUAAGACAGAGACGAUGUGUAUACACUAUACCAGCUCAUAAAAAUCUCAUUAGCAAAGUCAAAUUUCAACCAAAUCAUGGCAGAUAUCUUGUUACAGCAUCAUAUGACUCUACAGCCAAGGUUUGGGCACACCCGGUCGGAGCACCAAUCAAAACGCUUGCUGGACAUGAAGGGAAAGUGAUGGGUGUCGACAUUUCCCCGGACCUACAAUACAUAGCAACAGUGUCAUUUGAUAGAACUUUUAAACUGUGGGCCUCUGAGGUCAAAGGUGGAUUAUGAUAGAUUUUAACUGCUAGCAAUUAUUUGUACCAAACAUAAAUGGGCCAGACAUAAUAAAACACAAACCCAUUGUAAAGUAUUCUUCUAUAAUGUUAUUGGUAUAUAUACUGGUACAUGUAACUAGAGAAGGAAAAUCUAGCAAAACAGUGUACAAAGAAUACAAGUCUAGAAAUGUUAAUUGCAAAUGUGGCAAUGUACAUUACAUGAUGUAGAGCCUAGAGUGCAAAAGACUAUUGGAACAAUACUGAAUCUGUUACAGAUAAUAGUGCUAGUGGCUUUAAGAACAUUGCGAAAUCAUUUAUUACAUUUGAAGGGGCCAAGUGGUUAAGGUCACUGACUUCAGAUCACUUGCUCCUCAUCGGUGUGGGUUGGAACCUCAUUUGGAAAGAAGAAUUCUUCCUUAGAGCAAGUCAUUCAGCUGGCUCAUGGAAGGUUGGCUGGUGGUUCUACUCAGGUGCCCACCCAUUAUGAAAUAGUGCCAGAAGAGGUACCUGGGGACUGAAAAUUCCUCCACCACGUAAAGCUGGAAAGACGCCAUAUCACCUAUAAUCGGUGUGAAGUUAAAUCGAACAAAACAAAACAAAUUGAUAUUUUUUGAGGGAUAUUCUGUGUUUCUGGAAUGCCAAGUAGAUUUUCCAUCACUGUUAUAGUUACAAUUUAAAAUUCAAAAAAUGAUUUCCACACGAAUGAUUCAUUUAGACGAACACUUUGAACUUUUAUGCCAAAGGAAUGAAAUACUUUUGAAUAAUUUCUUCUUCACACGAAAGGUAGAUUUUCAGCAUUUAGUGUUUUCCUGUUUACAGUUGGCUUAUAUGCUUUAUAUGGCAGCAUGUCUAAACGGACCCAGCUAUAAGAAAAUGCUUCAAAGAUUUAGUCAAGGAAAUAGUAAACAACAGGUCUCUGAGCAGCCAUUUUAGCUCACCUGAGCCAAAGGCUCAUGGUGAGCUUUUGUGACCGGUCAAUGUCCGUCGUGCGUUGUGCGGUGUCAGUAGUCAGGCGUCCAUCCGUCAACAUAUUCUAAAAAAAUCUUCUUCUUGAAAACCACUGGGCAGAAUUGCACCAAACUUCACAGUAAUAAUGCUUGGGUGGUCCCCUUUCAAAAUUUUUCAAAGAAUUUCAUUCCAUGCAGAAUGCUGGUUGCCAUGGCAACCGAAAGGAAAAACUUUAAAAAUCUUCUUGUCCAAAACUGCAAGGCAUAGAGCCUUGAUAUUUGGCAUGUGACUUCAUCUAAUUGUCCUCUAUAUAGAUUGUUCAAAUUGUGCCCCUGGGAUGAAAAGAGGCCCAACCCCAGGGGUCCCAAGUUUAACAUAGACUUAUAUAGGAAAAAACUUUAAAAAUCUUCUUGUCUGAAACUACAAGACCUAGGCCUUUGAUAUUUUUUAUGUAGCAUUGCCUUGUGGUCCUCUAUGAAGAUUGUUCAAAUUAUGCCCCUGGGGUGGGGCCCCCAAGUUUUACAUAGACUUAUAUUGGAGAAAACUUUAAAAAUCAUCUUGUCUGAAACUGAAAGGUCUAGGCUUUUGAUAUUUGGUAUGUAGCAUUGCCUAGUGGACCUCUAACAUAAUUGUUCAAAUUAUGCCCCUGGGGUAAAAAGGGGCCCCACCCUGGGUGUCACUUGUUAUAUGAGUUAUAGGAAAAAUACCUUAAAAUUUAUCAGAUCAUAAUUCCUAGGAUGUUUUAUUAUAUUUACCUAAUGUACCCAAGUGAUUACGGGUCACCUUACUGUGACCUUGACCUACUUUCUUGUUUUUUUUAAGAUACAGCCUUGAAAUUUUGAUGACAUGUACAGUUUUGCAUACCGAUCUUAAAACUGACUUUCAGUGACCAUGAAUUUGACCUACUGACUUACUUUCUAAUAUUUUAGCAUCAGUUUGCCAUUUGAAAUAUGUGGCUCAUGUUACUCAGGUGAGUGAUUCAGGGUUAUCAUGGCCCUCUUGUCUUGUAAAUUUACAUUCUACACUUUUCAAUUUAUCAAAUGGCAUUUAUUUAUGAAGGGUGAAAACUGCACUUGAUUGUGUUUCUGCAAAAGUGUUUUUUGAUUCAGUUUGUUAGAUGAAUUAUGAUCGAAUGACUUCCAAAAUGUAAAUGUCAUUUUAAAAAAUGUUGCAUCUUGGCAGUUUGUUGUGCAUUGUUCCAGUAUUUUAAUGUGGUUUGUGCCUCAUCAGACAGAUAUUUUGUUGAUCAGUUAUUAUUGAUUACAUCAGGUAAAAAAGAUAAGAAAAUAAAAUAGGUAUUUAUCUGAAUGAUAAUAUUUUGUGUUUUUCACAUAUUUUGCUCCCCUACACCCACACAAUAUUUUUUUGAGGGGGAGGGAAGGGUUAGGGGCACUUAAAUUUACUUUUGUCCAUAUGUCCGAAUAUUUGUUGUGCAUAUCUAAAAAUGUACUUGACCUAGAAUCAUCAAAUGUUUUGUUCUGGGAUUUUACUCAGACCGACCAGAGUUAUGGCCCAUGACUUAGGAAAACAUUAGCUUAAAGGACCUUAAGUAUUGUGUUGCAUAUUUCUAAAAAUAGAAAUUGACAUAUAGUCUGGAAACCUUGCAGGAAUAUUAUUCAGCAUCUGAAGUUGAGCAACUGAGAUUUUGUUUGGAUUCCACUGGGCAAUGUCAGACAUGUAGCCAUUGGCUUAUUCAAAUAUAUUCAUAAAGGACUUAAAUGUUUAUACUUGAUCUAGGAUCACACAAACUGCAAGUGUAUUUUUACAUCUAGAUUAUUUACUCUGUGGCACUUGAAGUGAUAAAAUAAGCUUAGAUGACCUAAAAGCUUGUAUCCCGUAUCUAAAAAAGAACAGUCCUGUAUCUUUACGAUAGUAUUACUGUAAUACAUGUACUUGUAAGAAAAUAUGAAUAAAUCUUCUAAACGUU